AUGGAGGAACCACCGCGCCGACCUUGGACGCUUGAACGCAACCAGUCGACCCAGGAUGGGACAAAGGUGCAAGCUGAUGGUCGAGUUGAGAUCAACCUGGACUCCAAAGUGGGCAGGGAAGUGUCAAAACUGAUACCAUUUCUGCACAAGGAAGAGCAUAUUGAACCAGAACCAGAGCCUUCAGGUGAUGCCGGAUGUGGUCUCGAGCUCAACAUUGUGAUCCAAGUUGUUGGUAGUCGAGGCGACGUCCAGCCUUUUGUCGCAUUAGGCAACGAGCUUCAGCGCCAUGGACACCGCGUACGACUAGCCACACAUGGUGUGUUUGAAAGCUUUGUGCGGGACUCCGGUCUAGAAUUUUUCUCUAUCGGAGGAGAUCCCUCGGAGCUGAUGGCAUACAUGGUGAAGAAUCCAGGACUGAUACCACAAAUGAAGUCUGUCCAAGAGGGUGAUAUUCAACGCAAGCGUGUCAUGGUAGGCCAAAUUCUCCAGGGAUGUUGGCAGUCUUGUAUAGAGGAUGACUCCGUGACCAAAACACCCUUUGUGGCCGAUGCCAUCAUCGCGAAUCCUCCAAGCUUCGCCCAUAUUCAUUGCGCUCAGGCGCUUGGCAUUCCUCUACACAUGAUGUUUACCAUGCCGUGGACUAGCACAAGAUCAUUUCCCCAUCCCUUGGCAAAUUUGAAAUAUUCAACCACAGAGCCGAAAAUGGCUAAUUACCUUUCCUUGGGUGAUGUUAUUAACGAUUGGAGAAAAUCUAUAGACCUAGAACCUAUAUCAGCCACCGAAGGUCCCCGUUUAGCAGAGACUCUGAGGAUACCCUUCACAUAUUGCUGGUCCCCUACAUUGAUGCCCAAACCAGCAGAUUGGCCGGCACAUCUCAACGUCUGUGGCUUCUUCUUCCGCUCUCCUCCGGACUUUACACCACCUCCAGACCUUGACGCAUUCCUCCGCGCUGGGCCUCCACCGGUGUAUAUCGGGUUCGGAAGCAUCGUUAUUGAGGACCCCCCAGCCAUGACUGCCACACUCGUCAAUGCAGUGAGAUCCUGGGGCGGUCGUGCAAUCAUAUCCCGUGGCUGGAGUAAUCUCGGCGAAGCACAAUCGGACGAUCAAAUCUUUUAUCUUGGAGAUUGUCCGCAUGAAUGGCUAUUCCAGAAGGUCGCUGCAGUUGUACACCACGGAGGAGCAGGGACUACAGCAUGUGGUUUACGAUUUGGAAGACCCUCUCUUAUUGUACCAUUCUUCGGAGAUCAGCUCUUUUGGGGAAAUAUGGUCGCGUCUCGCGGAAUUGGACCAAUGCCCAUUCCACACAAGUCUUUGAACGCAGAUAAUCUAGCGGAAGCCAUCCGUUUUUGCUUACAUCCUGAUACCCUAGAAGCAGCUGGUAACCUUGCUCGUGAAAUGAGCGAGGAAGAUGGAGUUUCAGCAGCUGUUGCCUCUUUCCAUCGCAACUUACCGGUCGACAACAUGAAAUGCCAGUUUAUCAAUUCUGAGCCGGCUGUGUGGCAGUUGAAGCAAAACGAAAGGGCCCCUAUAACUUUUUCCAAAAUGGCAGCGGGGAUCCUGCUUGAAAAUUCUCGCAUUGAUGUAAAGGACCUCAAAGCAUACGGGAGUAAACCGAUUUUUAUCCAGACUCGGCGAUGGGAUCCUAUCACAGGCGGCACGUCGUCCUUACUAGGCAUGUACAAAGAUAUCCUCACAGCAUCAAGCGACGUCGUCAUUCGGCCCUACAAAGAGUUUAGCCGCGCCCGUCAACAAAGCGAACCCGAGCUUGUAAUCAUCGAGACUACGAAUCCCCAAUCCGAGCGAAGUCCAUCCGAAGCGAUCUCACGUACUUCCAGAACCAACCAAACAGACGAGGACUGGGGAGUUGCGGGAAAGGCAGUGGGGGGAUCCGCCAAAAGCGUGGGGAGGAUCAUAGCCUACUACUACAAGGGCGUUCUGGUAGAUAUACCCGGAGCCGUCAACGAGGGCCUGAGAGCUGUUCCUAGGCUUUAUGGUGAGGAGGUCAAAGAAUACAACGACAUCCGGGACUUCAAGUCUGGAGUGGCUGCCGCUUCGGAUAACUUUGCGCAUGGGUUCUCACAUGGACUCACUGAUAUCUUCCGACAGCCCUACGAGGGUGGCCAGAAAGAUGGCAUUAGGGGUGCAAUCAAAGGAUUUGUGAAAGGACCUAUUGGCUUAGGGACAAAAGCUGCAUCAGGUGCUUUGGGUUUAGUCGCGUAUCCGGGUCAGGGCUUGGCCAAAAGCUUACAUUCGGCUAUACAUUCCAAGACUCGGAAGCAGCUUGUCAAAGCACGAUUGAUAGAGUCUGAAUAUUUGGCUAGACAGUCAGCGAAGGCCCAAUCAAGCUGCCCCGAUGUCAUUGAGGCAUUUGAAGGUCAUCAACGGCAGCUUUGGAAUACUCCUAGCUCAACGAAUUCGGAACGAGCAAGUUCCCAAUGA